AUGACCCGUUUCAGUCCCGCAUUGCUGCGACAGCAGGACGACGUGUGCAGUGCUGCUGUGGCUGACUUCCUCCGCGGUAACGAUCAAUUCAAGCGGCUCGCGGCCAGCGAAGGGGAGGCCAUCAUUCAACGUGACAAGGAGGAUAACGAGAAGCUUGCCGUUGGCAUCGACAUCGCAAAGGCAAAGGGCAUCCUCAGUGGCAAUCCGGACGUCGGCGAGGUGAAGCGCAUCAACGUGGCGGGCCUGACGGCGCAACAGGUGACAGAGGAGGUGCUGCGGCAUCUGCCAAGCAAGGAGGGUAACAUCAUCGUCAUACAGGGGCUCUCCGGCACCGGCAAGGGUACGACGGUGGGAAAGCUGCAGAAGCUGCUGCCGCGCUGCGUCACGUGGAGCAACGGCAACGUGUUCCGCAGUUACACCUACCUCUGUGUCGAGGCGCUCAAAGGCGACGUGCGUCCUGAGCAGCUCACGCCCAAGCUGUUGAGCGCCGUGGAGAAGCAGGUGAAAUUCGAGAAGCUCGACAGUGGCGAGUUCGACAUCGUCCUCAAUGGGAAUGUGCGGGUUGGGGACAUCCAGAACACGCUGCUCAAGACGCCCGAGAUCAGCGCGGCAGUGCCCACUGUGGCGCAGCAGACACAGGGUGAGGUCAUCCGCUUUGCGGCGGCGGCAGUGGCGCAGCUCAGCAGGGCUGGCCACAACGUUAUUCUUGAGGGUCGCGCGCAGACGCUUGACCACAUUCGCACACCGCUGCGCUUUGAACUCGUCAUCGACGACGUCUCGCUGCUCGGCCAGCGUCGUGCGGCGCAGCGCGUCAUGGCGAAGGCGGUAUCUGACAUGAAGGAUCACCUCGACGGCGCGACGGAGGCACAGGUGGAGGCGGCCUUGUUGAAGGCAGCUGCAGAGAUGUAA